AUGAGAGUCGGAACUGCAGGAAUUACGGACAAAUUCGCCCGCCGCCUCGUCGCGCACCUCCUCGAAAAUGACAACAUCACUACCAUAAAAGGCUAUUGUUACAUUCCCGCCAAGCUUCCAGAAGCGUUACGAUUAUCCCCCAAGCUCAAGCUCAUCUAG